UCGUGGCAUAACUUUCAGCCUUUCGUUGUUUCAAAAUUCUUUUAUUUUCUAUCUAAAAGGUUUUUGUAAGGUUUUUUUUUCUACAAGCUCUAAUACAUUUUGUACGGUAUUUAGACCAUAGCUAAACUAUGCGGAGACAAUGUAAAAUUCCGUAGUUUAGAUUUACCCAAACAAAAAUGGCAGAUGUUAUAGACGUGGAAGAUGAAAAUAUUUUAACUGGUAUCUUUAAAGAUUCCUUUCCAGAAAGCUGGCAUGAGAAUCCAGACUUUGUCCAGUAUUUGGUGGAGCUUAGUUCUUAUGGAGCAGAGAGAUUAUGUCGAGAACCAGAAAGGCUUGCUGAGGAAAAGGCCCAGAUCUUGUCUGAGACACAGGACCUCGCCUUCCAUAACUACACCACAUUUAUACAAACUGCGGAAUGCUCCAAAGAGAUUUUCCAAGAUUUUGAAAUCAUUGAGAAACACUUGGAUGAGCUAAUUAAGAAGUUGCCAGGUUUUUCUAAUGAAUGCAAUCAGGUCAUCAACAAAGCUCAAGACAUCAGCUCAAGUCGGCGUAUGAACACAUUAACAUUGCAGCGACACACCCAGCUUCUGGAAAUCUUAGAGAUGCCCCAGCUGAUGGACACCUGUGUGAGGAAUGGCUACUACGAGGAAGCCUUGGAGCUGGCAGCGCAUGUGAAAAGACUGGAGAAGAAACAUCCCAACAUUCCAGUCAUUGCUAGUAUAGUGCAAGAAGUGAAGGCAUCAACACAGCUGAUGUUGAACCAGCUGAUCCAACAGCUGAGGACCAACCUGCAGCUGCCAGCCUGUCUGAGGGUCAUUGGUUUCCUGCGUCGCAUGGACGUGUUCACAGAGGCCGAGCUCAGGAUCAAGUUCCUACAGGCCAGGGACUCGUGGUUUCAAAAUAUUUUGGAAGCUAUACCUAAAGGGGAUGCGUACACCCACAUCACCAAAACUAUCGAGGUCAGCCGUGUCCACCUGUUUGACAUCAUGACCCAGUUCAGGGCCAUCUUCUCUGACGAGGACCCACUGGUCAGCACUGGACGAGAGGAGGGGAUCAACGAGAGUUUGCUGUUUCACAGCUGGGUGCUGCAAAAGAUUACCCAGUUCCUGCAGAUGCUGGAGACAGACCUACUGGAGGCCGACCUGGCCGAGGGUGUUGGGGGCCGCAUCGACUCCAUCCUGGGCCAGUGUAUGUACUUUGGUCUGUCCUUCAGUCGGGUCGGCUCGGACUUCAGGGGGCUCCUGGCUCCCAUCUUUGAGAAGGCGGCUCUGAGAUACUUCCAGCUGGCCCUACAGGGGGCAAACAAGAGAUUUGAUGAAAACAUGCAGUCCUACAACUUGCUGGGGCUGACCACAACUGGUGGACUACACUAUGGCAUGACAUCAUCACAGAGUGGUCAGCUGUACCCUCCCACCUCCCUGCUAGACUUCUACCCCCUGGCCGCCUAUUGCAACAACGUCCUGAGUGCACUCAAUGACCUCAGGUUGUCCGCUCCCCUCAACCUGGCCUGUAAGGUUGCUGAUGUCUUGCAGAGGUCGUUGAUGGAGGUCAACCAUGUCAUUCUGGCAUUUCACAGGGCUGAAGAAGCAACGUUUAAUGCCAAAGAGAAAGACCAGUUUGAGCAGUUUUGUGCCACCUACGCCACAGAUCUCCUGCCCUACCUGAACAAGUGUCUGCAGUCUCUGUACCCCCCCUCGCAGCUGGCAGGUGCGUUGGGUCUCACUGUGUCGGAGAUGAACAAAAAGGCUUGUAUAGGUGUGGUGGACCUGGCGCCAGUCCUGUCUCAGGUCAGUCAUCUGAUGCCAGCCAUGCCUGCUGCACCCGUAGCUGAGCCGGUCAAGCCAGUCACUUUUUCUUUAGAUGAUUCUGAUGACGAUCAGACUUCCGCUGGUCAAGAUCACCAGACUUCCGCUGGUCAAGAUCUUCAGGCCUCCCCUGGUCAUCAGACCUCUGAUGGUCAAGAUGUUAGUAGCCCCACUGAAGGGGUGGUGGGGGAAGCUGCUACUGGCCAGUUAGUGUCAGCCGAGGGUGGAGCUAAUGCAGAAGUGCCUAUCAGCUCAGGGGGUGGAGCUAACACAGACUUAGCAGUAAUAGACACACCAAUGGCAGGAGUGGGUGGAGCUUCUGUAGAUGUACUGGUACCACCUGGGGGUGCAACAGACACACUGUCACCAGAAGAGGGUGGAGUCAUCCCACCAUUUGCAUCAGACGAGGCUGACGACCUGGUGCCCAACCCCGCCUUGUCACACAUAGCACCGCCCUCCUCACUACCUGGCCAAUCAGAACUCUCCGCCUCUCCACUUGACGGAGACGGAUGGAACAAUGCAGACAUUGAUCUGGAUAACUUAGACACCAUGGAUAACCUUGACACAACAGAAUCCACAGUGGAUCUGGAUCUUCUCCCUUCUCCAGAAAUGGAGGAAAUUAAGUUGUGA